CCACUGGCAGAGGGCGUCCACAAACCGUCAACGGCAGCGCAACAAUUCGGAUUAAGAGCGAGAAGGAGCCCCAAAAACAGAGACAGAGACAGAGACAGAGAGAGAGAGAGAGACAGAGUGUGCAAGGAUAACGGUUAACGAAAGAAAGCUUACCUUUCUUUUUCAUAUUUUUUUUUUUUAAUUUUUUUUUUGUUGUUUUUUGUGUUAAAUUAAAUUACAAAAAAAAAAAAAAUACGUCAUGAAAUACGCCGGAUUACCGUUAGCAGUUCUACUGCUCUUCUGCUGCUGCUGCGCCGCCUCUGCUGCUGCUGCUGCAUCUGCUUCUUCUUCUUCGUCUGCAACUCCGGUUGCAAGUCCCGUUAGUUCAUCGAAACCCAAAAGAGAUGCCGCUUUGAGCUUCGGGAGUCUGUCCAGUUACCACGGCCCCUCCCACAAGUACCUGCCGCCCGCCUACGAGAAUCAUUUGAGCUUCGGGGGAGGCGGAGGAGGAGGAGGGGGAGGCUAUCAUGGUAAUGCCUUAGGUUCCGGCCACGCCUACACGGAAUACGCCCAUUUGGAGGGAGAUCAUCAUUACGGCUCGUCGCACGGACACGGUUAUGGCAGUGGCAGUGGCAGCUACUCCAGCGGCAGCAGUUCCAGCUCCCACGGCAGCAGGCCGCAUCACUACAGCUCGGGAGGAUCGGGUCCCAAGAUCGAGACGUACAUUGUCCAGACCAGCAGCGGUUCGGCCGGAAGUCACGGUUACGGCGGUGGCCAUGGCCUGAGCCACGGAGGAAGUCACGGAGUGAGUCAUGGACUGAGCCAUGGGCUAAGCCACGGACUGAGCCACGGAGUGAGUCACGGACAUGGCUCCGGAUUGGGCUACAAGUACGGAGCACCUUCGUCGGGAUCGGCUUCUUCGUACCUGAACCUUCUCGGAAAUGGACACAAGACCAGCACCUACAUAGUGGCCACUCCGGAGUACUCCGGCGCUGGAGGCAGUCACGGCAUCGGCUACGGAUCGGGACCAGUGCAUGGCAGACCCUCCUUCAGUUCCCACGGCGCCCACGGCUACAGUCACGGCUUCGGGCAUCACAUCAGCCAUGGACCAGUGAGCCACGGACCCAGUCACAGUCUGGAUCACAGUCUGGAGCACGCCCUGGAGCACAGUCUGACCCAGGCCCUGGGAUUGGGAGGACACGCCGCAUCUUCCUCCUCCGGCGGAGGCGGAGGUCACUACGUCCAGCAUCCCAUUCCGGAAGAGCACUCCGGAUACACCUACGACGCUCCAGCCACGCCCUUCGGCAAGGGUACUCCUCUGACCAGCUACGGUGUUCCGCUGAUCCCCGGCUAUGACCACCAGGAGUCACUGCAUCAGGAGGCGCCGCUGCAGGUUCAGGUCCUGGAGCAGUCCGAUCACAAGGAGCGGGAACGGGAUCAGGAAAGGGAGACUCCGGUCUAUGCCCUGGGACACAAGGGACUGGGCCACUUCACGUACACGGCCAGCAAGCCCCAGGCCCUCCACACGGACAUCCAUGCCGGCUCCUCCGCCUCCUCGCUGGGACAUGACCUGGAACUCUCCAAAGCACCCUUCAAGCCGAGCGCCUUUUUGGGCGCCAAGCACGAGAGUUCCGGUUCGAAUGCCAUUUCCGGUUCCGGUUCCGGCUACGAUUAUGCCACGCCCAGUUCUCCAUUCUUGCAGUCGCCGCCCUCCUCGCCGGGCUACGAUUAUCCGGCUCCGGCGCAGCUAUACGGUCCGCCCGGGCACUCUGGCGACUCGGCCACGCCCAUUUUUGAACCGGAGGCCACCUAUCUGCCGCCCGCCAGCAGCUACCUGCCCCCGGCCACGCCCACCCACGGUUAUCACUAAAUUAUUAAAUUAAUUUUAAGAAAAAUAUAUUAUUUUCUGUAUUUUUUUCCCACUCUCUUUAACUUUAAGAUUUAAAAAUUUAAAUAAAAUAUAAAGUAAAAAAUAA